AUGAAUGUGCAGAGCAAUGUGAAGUCACUCUUCUCCAAGAGGGGCUUUCUCUUCUACAACAGCAUCUACGGACCCAACCCCGGGUUCACAGACUAUGGUCCAAAUGGAUGUGCGAUGGCCAGGAAUCUGACGAAUAUAUGGUGGCGAACGAUAGUGCAGCAAAAUCAGAAUGUGACUGGAUAUGAGGGGUCGACAUUUAUAGGGCGUGAUGUGAUGCGUGCAUGGCCGGAGCACAGGCGAGUGCUAUCGACCACACAGGGUGUGGUAGAUACAACAGAUGUUGCCAUAGAGACGGUAUUGAGCAAGAAAGACCUACCCGAUGACAAACUACGUGAGCUGUUGAAAGACAAACUGUCUAUUCUGCACCUGAGGCCCAGUGCCAUCCACUCAGUGCUAGGGAACUUCCACAGCAUCAUAUCAGCUGCCAGUCCGAAGCUCCCAUUCGGCGUGGCUCAGACUGGGACGUGUUUCGUACCUGGGCGAGUGGACUCUGAGCAAUCUGAGCAAAAGACUAACACCACACAUAGCCCUGCCGCAAGCGAAGAGACUCACCUGGACUUGACCAUAUUCCUACCAGGCCAUUCGCGUGAAGCGUCUGUAGCAUGGACCAAUGCGUUUGCUGACUCCCGUCUCUGCUGGUGGCAGAGUCUGCUGAUCAACACCCCGUCCAGGGUUACGCUUAAUAAGACAGAGAAGGCCACUACGGUGACGUACGAGAGCCCCUCCACGGGCGAAAGACUCGUGUUGGAGACAGUCGAAUUGCUGGACGACAAUGUGCUCGAGGCUCACAGGCAAGCACUCAAGGGCAAAGCUAAGUUUAUGAUCCUCAAUCAGAAGGGGAUUGCGCUCGAGAAACCUCACGUGCUUCACACACACAGCUCCAUCGCACAUUGCGUAAACGCAUUGGCCCUGGAUGCGCUUGGCGACAGAGCUGAUGAAGGUACGUGCUGUUUGACUUACACGUGUUGCUGA